ACCGUCAUCAACCGCGAAACGACAACACGUGGGAAGACGUGAGACAAAAAUUGUCUCUCUUGUGUAGUCGCGCGAUUCUUUAAAACCGUCGUCGCGCCCGGGAUCGUCAUCUCGCGACUUGUUCCCGACCGCGGCGAUAAAUCUCACGGCGUAUAAUCGGCGAGACAACGAGAGUAACUUCACGCGCAAACACGGAUUCGAGAGAAGAUAAACCGACCUCCGUUCUUUUUUUUUUUUUUGCUUCGCGCGCAACUCCGGAGCGGAGAUAAAUCUCGUCGCGUGGGCAGCUUCUCGCCCGGAGCGACGACGACGACGACGACGACGACUCCCGAGGCAGUGGCGAACGAUUCUCCGGGAGAGGAACGAUUUGUUGAGGAAAAACGACUAAGACGAAUCGAAGGUGACGACCCGGCGGGAGUUCGGACUUACUUGAGAGGAAAAUCACAUCGACGUCACUUGCACCGUGAUAUCGAUAUCGCACGAGGGCAUAAUCGAUCUCUUCCAAGCGCGCUCGUCCGACAGAAUAGAGGAGUCGGAAACGAGGGAAGAAAAAAAAACGAGAAAAGCGAUCAUCCGUACGAUCGUUCGUCGUGACUUGACGUCAGUGAACUGGAUAGUGAACCGAUAAUCGGCGCGAUAACUGCGGGCCUACAUCGAUACAUUAUCAGUAGACAGUUUCGUGCCGGGAGAAGAGGAGACGAAGGAGGGCGUCGCGGCGCGUCCAAGAAGCCCGGUCGUCAACAACGUUGCGUGGCGUAAUCUAAUCGAAACGUCAGUCAGGUGGCAGAUAUGCGAGCUAUGCAGCCAUGAACCGAACGUUCUUGGACACGAGACCCGCGCGACGGACGAAAUUGUUCCCCGCACGAACAAUGACGGGCCUGUUGGCGUUGUUGGUGCUCGCAGCGUCUCUGUCAAAUGUAAAUUCGGAAUCUGCGAUAAGCCCGGUAGGUAGUAUCAUCGGAUCAGGAUCGGCCGUUUCUUCGUCCUCGUCCUCGUCUGGAAGUUCUUCGUCGUCGUCAUCGUCGUCGUCGUCAUCAUCGAUAAUCGGAGUGGUGUCCGACAGCGAAUCGAGUUCCGGCAGCAAUGGGGUGGGUAUCGGAAACAACAACGGCAUGAUUGGUAGCAGCGGUAUCGGCGGCGGUGGGCAUUCCGGUCAUGGAAGCGGAAACAAUGGGAACGAUCGUUGCGAGGAAAUCACAAUUCCGAUGUGUCGUGGCAUCGGCUACAAUAAAACCGCUAUGCCGAACGAGUUGAAUCACGACACGCAGGAGGAAGCCGGACUGGAGGUUCAUCAGUUCUGGCCGCUAGUGGAAAUUAAAUGCUCGCCGGACCUCAAGUUCUUCUUGUGCUCGAUGUACACUCCGAUCUGUCUGCCCGAGUACACGAAACCGUUGCCGGCAUGUCGCAGUGUGUGCGAGCGCGCGCGAACGGGUUGCGCACCGUUGAUGCAGCAAUAUGGUUUCUCGUGGCCGGAGCGAAUGGCGUGCGAGCGACUGCCGAAUCAUGGCGAAGAUCCAGAAAAUUUGUGCAUGGAGCAAGAUAACCGCACCAGCACUAGCACAAGUCCUGGUAGCGGUGGGGCGAGCAGCGGCGUUCCAGGACCACCGGGUCCCCCGGCGCGGCCUACGAGACCCAGCAAGGCCACGCAGCCGAAUCGCUGCAAGCCGGGCAAGAACCAAAAAAACUGCCAGCACCCCCUGGGGGAGAGGACGAGGGAUUGCGCGUGCAGAUGCAAGUCGCCCCUCGUGCCCCUGGGGGCGGGGGGCGCGGUUUUAACAGGACCGAUAGGAAGCGUAAGCGGCAGCAUCAUCGGGAGCAGCACCGUCAACACGGGGCCUGGUCUGGGCGGCAUGGCCGUAAGCGGGGUAAUGCCAGCGCCGGCGCCGCCAAUGGGCAUCGGCAGAAACAUCAUCCAGGAGAUCGCAGGGGUGCCGGACUGUGCCCUGCCGUGCCGCGGCGCGUUUCUCACCAAGGAGGAGCGCGGAUUCGCGGACGUCUGGCUGGCAGUGUGGAGCAGCCUGUGCGCCAUCAGCACACUCGUGACCGUCACCACGUUUCUCAUCGACACACAACGGUUCAAGUAUCCUGAGCGGCCGAUCGUCUUCCUGUCGGCCUGCUAUUUCGUCGUGUCGAUUGGCUACUUGUCGAGCAGAAUAUUCGGCCACGAGGAGAUCGCUUGUGAUGGUCCAGCUUUGAAAUCCGGCGCUCAAGGUCCGGGUUUGUGCGUCACCGUUUUUCUCAUGAUCUACUUCUUCGGUAUGGCAUCCUCGGUGUGGUGGGUGAUAUUAGCAUUUACCUGGUUUCUCGCAGCGGGCUUAAAGUGGGGAAAUGAGGCAAUAGCGUCAUACUCGCAAUAUUUCCAUUUAUUCGCUUGGCUGGCACCGACGGUACAAACGGUUUGGGCAUACGUCGUGGGUGGCGUCGCCGGUGAUCCCGUAGCAGGAGUCUGCACAGUCGCUCCUGAAGGUGUACGCAACUUCAUUCUGGUACCGCUAUUCGUCUAUCUCGCGCUGGGCACAAGUUUCUCUAUUUCCGGUUUUGUGAGUCUGUUUCGAAUUCGAUCGGUGAUCAAGCGACAACCUGGUGCCAAAGCGGACAAAUUAGAGAAGCUGAUGAUAAGAAUCGGCGUAUUCAGCUUUCUCUACACGUUACCAGCCGGCGUAGUGUUGGGCUGCCACAUAUACGAAUCGUCUUUGCGAGACGAAUGGAUCAACUCGCUGGCGUGUCCCUGUCGGCAGCGAGCAAGGCCGGUCUACUACGUUCUGAUGCUCAAGUACUUCAUGGCACUCGCGGUAGGCAUUACUUCGGGCGUUUGGAUCUGGAGCGGUAAGACAGUGGAAUCCUGGAAGCGAUUGUGGAAUCGCUUGUUUGGCAACAGUCACGGCAGUCAUAUGGGCGCCGGUGCCGGCAUGGUGGCGGGUGUGACCGGUGUCGGUAGCGGUAUCGGUGGAGUUGGCAUGAAAGGCGUUAUGGGACGGGGCGUUGCGGUACCUUAUCCAUCCGCGCCGGGACCGGGCAGCGCUCUGUUGCCACCCGGAAGCGUCGCCAGUGCGUCUCAACAUCAUCUUCAUCAUCAUGUACUCAAGCAACCACCGCUCUCGCACGUAUGACGUCACCAGUCGGCGGGGGGCGAUAUGAACACCGCCGGUUGCGAUCAACAGCAGCCGCAACAAGAGAGACCUUCCGCCCUCAGCAACUACGGGCCCAUCUAGCCCUUCGCCUCGGCCUCGCGCAGGCACA